AUGGAUCAUCUCGUAGCGAAGGUCGUGCUUUUGGGAGACAGCGGGGUGGGCAAGUCCAGCCUGUUGACGCGGUUCACAGACAAGCGCUUCUCCGGCGCCUACAAGGCCACCAUCGGCGCGGACUUUGUCACACACGACCUCAUCGUCGAUGGUCGGGAGGUCACCCUCCAAGUAUGGGAGCGGUUUCAGAGCCUUGGGACGGCGUUCUUCCGCGGGGCGGACUGCUGCGUGCUGGUGUUCGACGUCAACGUGGCGGCGCCAUCAAUGGCCGAGCGCUUUCCCUUCAUCGUGCUGGGCAACAAGACCGACAAAGAUGAACGAGUGAUAUUGACCAAGGACGCGGCCGCGUGGUGUGAGUCGCACGGCAUGCGCUAUUUUGAGACCAGCGCCAAGGACGGGACGGGCGUGGAGCAAUCGUUCGACGUCAUCGCACAGACGGCCACGAAGCAUCACAUCGCCGACAACGCGCAUGUCGCGCGUGGAGGAGUGGACGAACGGAUCACGCUGGACCGGAAGGGCAACUUCACCCAGCCGGGCGCGGAGGGCGGCUGCUCGUGCUGA